GCGCCGCGCCGGAGAGCGCAGCAGCAGCAGCAGCAGCGGCGGGAAAGGGUUGCGGACCCGCGGCGCUCCCUCGACGACGCGGCCCCCCCCCCGGGGCCCUCGACGGCCCGCUCCCCGGAGCAGGUGCUUUAUUUGUCGGAAAGAGAUGCUCUGUAUUAUGGACCUGAGUAUUCCAGGUGCUGAAAUGUAAGAAGACAGCUUUAGAGUUGCAGAUGUCGACUGUGGCCUUCCUAAGCACAUUGGUAUUGUCAGUGCCAGCCAGACAGCACAUGUGGCUGGUGGCUGUCAUAUUACUGGAAGGUGGAGGCAGCUAUGACACAAAUUUAAUGAAAAGGUAAAUUUUAUAGUAUGUUAAAGAUGUCAAGGGCAGUGAGUUGGUUAGCUGGAAAGGGGAGAUUGAGACAGACGGACGGACGGAGUGGGAUAGUUGGCUUUGAAUUGGAUAGUCAGGAAAGAGAUUCUUGAAUAUGACACCUGAAAAGAGAACACACAUUUUAGAGUGAGAAUCACCAAUGCUUAUAUCUUAUGGGAAGAAUAUUUCAAGGCUGGCAGGGAGGCAGGCCAUUGAAUGAACUUGAGCUUUUACUCUGAAUGUAAAAUCCUGAUCCACGCUGACUGGGUUUUGUGAAGAUUACUGUGGCUGAUAUGUUGAAAAUAGACUCUAGGGACUGUGCUGCAGUGGGGACAAGUGGGGAGAGGAAUGUGGGAGCAAGCUAGGGUAGAUUUUGGGGAAAAUAUCAAGGCAUUUAGUUUCGGAGGUUUUAAAGAGAUGAUUAAUUUUAGAGAUGAUAUGUUGGAGCUGUUUAUUAGACAUAUCCAAGCAGAGAAAACAAGUAGACUGUGGAUGUAUUCCAGAUCCACAAGUCCCUCCCCUUGUGGAACUUAAUCCUACGGGAUAGGAUAGUAGACACAUUGGUAAAUAAACGCAGUAAGCGAAUAACAUACUGGAAGAUAACAAACACGUAGGAAGAAAAUCCAAGGAAGAAAUGAAGUAUGGUUUUAAGGGGAGUGCGGAUGCAGCUCAGUUAGUAGAGUGUUUGCCUAGCAUACACAAAGCCCCGGGGUUUGAUCCUGGCACCACAUAAAACUGGAGGUGGAGGCAGGAGGAUCAGAGGUUCAAAGUCAUUCUUGGAUGUAUAGGGAGUUCAGGGUCACCUGGGCUACAUGAAAAGAUUUGUUGUACUGAAUUCACAAUAUGGUCACAUUUGCGUACUAAUAAGGUGGUGAGAAAACCCAUUUAUAGAUACCUGGUAGAAAAGUGGGUAGAGGGAGCCGGAGGGUAAAGGGUCCCAGGUCGGAGCAUGGCUGAAACGUUUGAAGAGGAGCAAAAGAGCCAGGAGGCUGAAUGUGCUUCAGGUGGCAAGUCAGGGGCGGUUAGGGGAUGGGGGACCCUGAUGGCAAGGGUCUGCAUGAUGGACUCCUUUAGUGGCGCUCCAUCCUGAGUGAGCUGGGAAGUCAGGGACAGUUAGCAGAAGGAAGGUGUCACCCAGCCUGUGAAUUAGCUGUCACUGCCAGUGUUAAGUCGAUUGAAAGAAAAAGAACGGAAGCGGAGUGAUUGGUUAGUCUGGUAGUGUGAUCUAGUGGAAAGGCUAUGAUGUUAAGUCUGGGGUGACAGCAGUGGGUGGAGGGGGAGCACAUUUGAGGAACUGCAUUGCCAGGUUGUCUUUCCACCUGGACGAGCGGCAAGGGUUAUUCCAAGAUUUUGGAAGCAUCUAGAAGGUUAGAGUUACACUCACUGAGAUGGAAGAACCAGGAGAGCCGAUUUGAAGGGGUGAUUGGGGGCUCAGUCUCGGACAGGUCGAGUUUAGGAUACCUAUUAGAUAUCUGAGUAGAGGUGUUCAAUGGGUGUACUGGUCAUGUUUAUGGGCCCUUUUAUGCCUAAGAGAUUAAAUAAUGAUAUUAAAACAGUACAUUAUUAUUUAAAACUGUUAGGCUAUAUUGUGAUUUUAGUUUUUAGCGUGUCCAACCCUGACAAAACUGGAGUGCUUUGGGGAUAAACUGGCGUGUUUUGGCCUUGCUGCCAGAGUCAGUGGUACUUAAGAGUUACACAGAGAUGUCAUUCCAUCUUAGAAGUGGAAAUAUAACUAUGUAGUCUGAGUAUUUUUACUUGCUUUCUAUUUUAGGUCCUAUUACUACUGGAUUUGCAAGAUUUUUAAUACAAUUUUUUCUUUGAAUUAUGAUUUAAAUGUCAAAAACCUUUAAAUUUUUUUAAAAAGGGCAAUAUUUUAGUUUUGGAAGUCAGAAUGCCAAGGAAAAGGAAAAAUCUUGGGGGCAAUCCUUUUCGGAAGACUGCAAACUCUCAGGAAAUUGUCGUAUCCCGUGUUGCUAGUCAUGAGGAGCCAACCACUACUCUUCCUUCCAAGUGUGAGACAAAAAUUGAUCAGGAAGAACUCUUCACCAGUAUCUCAGAGAUGUUUUCUGCUCUGGAUCCUGAUGUAGUGUAUUUGAUGCUUUCUGAAUGUGAUUUUAAAGUUGAAAAUGCCAUGGACUGUCUGUUAGAGUUAUCUGCAGCGGAUGCCAAGAUGGAAGACUCCCCUUCACCAACGGCUGCUUGUGAGGACAAGCCAGGCGCGUCAGGCCGUGCGGUGAUGGAGAUGCAGCCUCCUGCAGGGGAGAGUGAAGACUCAAAACUGGAUUCAUUUUUGGAUAUGCAGCUAACUGAAGACUUGGAUUCCUUAAUACAGAAUGCUUUUGAGAAAUUGAAUUCUUCCCCUGAUGACCAAGUAUAUUCAUUUUUGCCUUUGCAAGAUGCUAAGAGUUUUAAUGACCCUUCUACCUUUAUGAAUUCAGAUUCAAGUGGUAUGCCUUCCGUUCUUUCUGUACAGAAUACGGGGUCAAACAGUGAAAUUCUCCAGAGUUCGGCUGCUUCGCUAGGUUCAAACCCACUAACUUCGCCUUCAGUUUUGAAGGAGCCUGAAAGUUGUCCACAGGGGAGCACGCUGGCAUUAGAAGGGAGCUUCCCCGAAGACUCUCCUCUCACUAGCUCUUUAAAUCCAGCAAAUGGCUCUGGUGGGGGUUGUGGCAAUUUUAACCAAAGACCAAAAGACCUUUUAGAACCCGAGUGUCCUAGUGCACAGCGUUCUCAAGCCCUGGUAGAUUUGGGUUCCAGUGAACCUCAGGUUCCUUCAAAUCUUCCUCUGCAAAGUCCAGGGUGUGACUUACCAGGUGCAGAUGGGGACCAAAAGUCUGCUUCUGUGCCUGAUGUUUUUGUGCCCUCUGAAGGAUUUGGUUUCAAGCCACACAAACAUCCUGAACUGCCACCGAAGGGGAAGGACAUGAAUUACUGCCCAGUCCUCACCCCUCUCCCUUUGCUCCUCCCCCCUCCGCCGCCUCCACCUAUCUGGAAUCCCAUGAUUCCUGCUUUUGACCUCUUUCAAGGCAACCAUGGCUUCGUAGCGCCUGUUGUGACCACAGCUGCACACUGGAGACCUGUCAACUACACGUUCCCACCCUCCAUUAUCUCCCACACUUCCCCCACGAAGGUGUGGAGGAACAGUGAGGGAGCCAGCGCUUACCAAGUGCAGGAGGCCCCCGUGGCCCAGCCCGCCAGGAAGAAGACCACGGCCUACGUGGGCUUAGUGCUCGUGCUUCUCAGAGGGCUACCCGGCUCGGGGAAGUCCUUUCUGGCAAGGACUUUGCAAGAAGAUAACCCAAGUGGAGUCAUUCUUAGUACUGAUGAUUAUUUUUAUAUAAAUGGACAGUACCAGUUUGAUGUAAAGUACUUAGGAGAAGCCCAUGAAUGGAACCAGAAUCGAGCAAAAGAAGCAUUUGAGAAGAAGGUAUCUCCAGUAAUCAUAGAUAAUACAAACCUCCAAGCAUGGGAAAUGAAGCCAUAUGUUGCUUUGUCUCAGAAGCAUAAAUAUAAGGUCCUUUUCCGGGAACCAGACACGUGGUGGAAGUUCAAACCAAAGGAACUUGCAAGUUGGAAUUUCCUCUAUCCUACCAGUCCUCGUGGCCCGGAACUGCGUGACUCUGCCCACCCCCCACCCCCUGCUGAGCUCUGGGGUUUGAGGCGUAAUAUUCAUGGAGUAAGCAAGGAGAAAAUCGCGAGAAUGCUGGAGCACUACCAGCGUUUUGUUUCGGUGCCCAUAAUCCUGAGUUCUUCAGACCCAGAGAAAAUGGAGCGGAUUGAGCUGUGUGCGUACUCUUGUGAGGACAGAAGCGCUGGCCCAAGAGACAAUGGAGCUCUUACCUCUGAAAAGGAAGAAAAUGUCUUACCCACAUCUGUGAAGCACUCAGAGUUAAUGGAGGAGAAGACACUUGAAGCGGCCAAAGAAGCGAUAUUACCCGAGAGUGCUCCCCCCGUCCCUCAGGCCAGUUCCAGCCGAGGAAGAAAGGAGAUGAGUGUUGUCGGUCAUGGUGGACACAGCCCCUUCUUGCAGGAAACCCUAAACACCUGUUUUCCUCACUCUGAAAGCAAAGUUCAAGCCACAGACAAGAGUGAGAAAGAGCAAGAGACAUGGAAAGGGCGUGUUGAAGCAGAUGCUUGGAGCCCUGCAGAGGGAGCAUCCCCAAGUAGUUACUGUGCUGAGGACAAUCAAGAAUCGGGUGAGCUUGCAAGUGCUGGGACCCUUCAGAGUGAGAACCCCCCACCUCCUGAAAUACUGGAAGAAAGAACAGUGGGAAAGAAAAAGACCAUUGGAAAACAAAAAAGCAAAUCAUCUUUGGAAAAGUUCCCAAAACAUGAGCCAUCAAAUUUUGUUGGUGAUUGGCCAGUUGAUAAGACAAUUAGUCAGAGGACCAAAAGGAACCGGAAAACUGAGAAAGGUUUAUCUGUACAAGGUGACAAAAAAUGUAAUCGCCCUCAGUCGCACAAAGUAUCAGAUGCUAGGGUAUCUAUGAAUACAGAUCAUAUCCAGCAGCGAGGAUCUCCACAUGGAAUCGAUGAUCUUUCAGAAGUGCCCAGUAGCUGUCAUGAUACUUACAAAGGUACUGAGCAAACCUCAUUCAGCAUUGUGGGUGACUGGCCCUCAUCUGCUUCUUUAGCUCAGAGAGAGCACAGGUCGAGAAUACCAAAAGCUGGCUUAAAUGAAGCCAACUUAGAAUUUGGAACUAAUGGCAACAUGAGUGAAAUACCCCUGUAUCCCACGCAUGAGGCCUAUUGGGGCACAAGCCCUGAAGAACUGAAGUCUCUUGGUUCCACUCUGCGAAGUUCUGAAAUGCUGCCUAGUAAAACAGCUCAUGAAGCUCAGACUUCCCUGAGUAAAACGGUUCCUAGCCAACACGCACUGCCCCUUCCCUUUUCCAGUAGUGCAGUAGCUCCGCCUGGAGUCAUGGGGCCUCAGUCUCUAGCAGUCGGAGUGUCUCGGGUUGUCUCUGGGAUAGAUACAAGCGCAUGUGCCCAGACUGAGCCCCAAGAUUUUGCUCUCUUGUGGAAACUAGAAAAGAAUAAAAUCAGUGUUUCAGAUUCUGUCAGAGUGCUAACAGGAAAAUUAGAUGGAUUUAAGCCAAAAGAUUUCACUAUUAAUACAAAAUUAAAUGUUCAAGAAGCAAUUCCAUACAGAGUCAUGCAUGAUAAAAGUACAUAUGUUGAAGAAAGUGAGCUUACCAGUGCUGAUGAGUCUGAAAAUCUUAACAUCCUUUGUAAACUAUUUGGAUCAUUUUCCUUAGAAGCCCUGAAAGAUUUAUAUGAGAGAUGUAAUAAAGAUAUUAUUUGGGCCACAAGCCUUUUGUUGGAUUCCGAGACUAAAUUAUGUGAGGAUACUGAGGUUGAGAAUCCCCCCAAAUCGUAUGAUGAGUCACAAGUUGGGCCAUUUUCUAUGGGGUUGGAUUUGAAGGAAAUUAUUAGCCACAGAGGAACUUCAGAAGAUUUGAAUUUUGUGUCAGAAUUUAACCCUGGUAUCAGGAACACUAAUGCACAGUCUGCUGGUGAGACAGAAAAAGGGAACUCAAAGCAGGAAGAGAUAAGAGCUACAAAUCCUGAAAACCCUGAAUUACUAAGCAGACUGUUUCCUAACGCUGCUAUCAAUGUAAAGAGCAAUAAUGCAAUUGUUUCUAACCCUGGGACUGAUUUGUCAGGCGCCCACAGCUUUAACGGGUCUUUUCCACUUACUCCAAAAUCUAACGUCCUCAAAGAUGUCAGUGAAGUGGAGAAAAAUCUAGUAGCCACACAGACUGGAGGCAACAUUCAUUCUUUUUUAAAUUUGUCUGAUAUCAUAAACUCUGCAACAAGCACUUCAAAUCCUGAAUUAAAUGAAGAAGUUUAUCUUACUGGCUCUUUGGAAGUAAGGAAAAAUGAGACUCUUCCUAAGGAUUAUGUGAAAUUUGGAAACAUGGAAGAAUUUAUCAAUGAAGAUAAACAGGAAAUGGAGAAAAUUCUAAUGCCAGGAACUAGUUUGUCAGCUGGAGUUAGUGAAGAGGAUAAAACCGAGGUAUUGAAUCCCCCACCAGUAAUGGCCAAAUCUCUGACCAUAGACUGUCUGGAGCUGGCAUUACCCCCUGAGCUGGCUUUCCAACUUAAUGAAUUAUUUGGCCCAGUUGGUAUUGAUUCAGGGUCUCUAACAGUUGAAGAUUGUGUGGUUCAUAUAGAUCUGAAUCUGGCUAAAGUGAUUCAUGAGAAAUGGAGAGACUCUGUAAUGGAGCGACAGAGACAGGCCGAGGUGUCUUGCGGCAAGUGCAGUCAAGAUCCUUCGAUGGCUGGGACUGCUGUUCUUGAUAAUUCUGAACAAAAAUCAUCUCAGAAAACAGGCAAAAAAUUAUUGAAGACUUUACCAGCACCCGAGACACUGGAUCCAUGGAACACUCAAACAAAAAAAGUUUCACUGAGAGAAAUAAUGUCAGAAGAAAUCGCCUUACAAGAGAAACAUGAUUUGAAAAGGGAGACACUUAUGUUUGAAAAAGACUGUGCCACCAAACUAAAGGAGAAGCAGCUCUUUAAAAUAUUUCCAGCCAUUAACCAAAAUUUCCUGGUGGACAUCUUCAAAGAUCACAACUAUUCACUGGAACACACAGUGCAGUUUCUAAACUGUGUUCUUGAAGGAGACCCCGUGAAAACAGUGGUAGCUCAGGAGUGUGUUCACCAAAAUGAGAACAUCACUUCUCAUCCUGCACAGAAAUCAAAAGAGAAAAAGGCAAAGAAAUCAAGAGAGAGUGAUGAUCCCACAGGUGACGCGUCUUUCCAGGAUUUUGAGUACCCUGAGUAUGAUGACUAUAGGGCAGAGGCGUUCCUGCACCAGCAGAAGAGGAUGGAGUGCUACAGCAAGGCCAAGGAGGCCUACCGCAUGGGCAAGAAGAAUGUGGCCACCUUCUACGCUCAGCAGGGCAGUCUCCACGAGCAGAAGAUGAAAGAGGCCAAUCACCUGGCUGCCGUGGAGAUCUUCGAGAAAGUCAACGCCUCUCUGCUGCCACAGAACGUCCUCGACCUCCAUGGGCUGCAUGUGGAUGAAGCUAUAGAGCAUUUGACGACUGUUUUACAGCAGAAAACGGAAGACUUUAAGCAGAACGGCGGUAAGCCCUAUCUUUCCGUGAUUACGGGGAGAGGAAACCACAGCCAGGGAGGAGUUGCUCGCAUCAAGCCAGCUGUCAUUAAAUACCUCACCAGCCACAGCUUCAGGUUCUCUGAAAUUAAGCCAGGGUGCUUGAAGGUCAUGCUAAAGUGAAAUUUAGAAGCCCUUGACUUAGAGGCGUGAAGGUUUACAGACUGAAAUUGGUUUUUUUCUGCAGUAAUUCUGUCAAUUCUACUCUCAAAUGUGUUUUUUAUUAGGAAUAUAAAACAAGGAAAGUGUUUUUCAGAAUUCAAGGAAAGUUUUUUUUACUGGAUCAAAUGCCAGUCUUUUACUUGUUAAAACAUUAAAAGGAAUUUUUAUUGAUUACAAAAUGUCUAAAAAACAAGUUACCACCUGCAGUUUAAAAGUCUUAAGUGCUCUAGUUCGUUUUUUAGGAAAAAAACCCAAAACAGCAACAACAAAUCCACUGCCUUUGUAUUACCUGUUUCCCAUUUAGAAAAGUCUUGCAGCUGUCUGCAAGGGGCAGCAUGCUUUGAACCCUGGUUCCCGGCCCUGAAGGACUGUCCCGGAGUGGUGAAGGAGGAUGGUGAUGAGCAGAACACGGGUUCCUUGUGUUUUUGAAGCCUGUCACAGAGUCACUUGGUGUUGCGUGUCGUGCAGAUAGAUGGGCAACUUUCCUGUGUCUCUGAUCUCGAUCCCUUCCAUCUGUGCUGUUCUGUGCUGUGCGUUUGCUGGGAGGAGAGUUGGCUCGAGACUAACUUAAGGUCUCUUAGCUUCCAUAGAUAGGAAACCUUUCAGAGAAGGAGACAUGGUCACAGGGCUGCUUGUGGAACUGUCUGUGAGUGGCUCCAGACAGUGCUAAAUGGCCUGUUUUAUACUUGAGACAUCAUUUCUAAGCUAUGUGAGUCAAAAAUCCUAUUGACUUCAGUGUAAAAACUGUUUUUGGUAUAACUGUAAAAGAAACCCUUGUAAUUAGAAAGAUUUUUUUACCUUUAUUUUGAAAAGGAGCCAACUUUGUGAAAGAAAAGUCUCACUGACUUCUCUUGGGCCAGUGUCCUGAUCGUAUGUAAAUUCUGACUUCCUUUAUACAGACUUAGUUUGGUGAAGUGUAACUUUUCUAUAACCAGACUGUAGGUAAAAUACAUCUAACUUUGGAUAUACAGAGUAUUUUCAACAUAUACAGUGUUUACAGACAAUUAUGUUGCUUUUUCUUUAGCUUACAAAAUCACCUUCAUCAAGAACGAGGCGGCAUUGCCCUGCACUGAAAGGGUACUGACAGACAGAAUGAGCCCCCAGAGAGCAGAGAAGCUAAUGGGAAUGACACUCAGAACCACGCUCAUACAUCUGAGGAAUCAUGCUUUUCAAAUACGAGCCUACCAUUGGAUUUUAUUGCCAUAAAAACAAAAUAUCUAUGUUUAUUACCUGCAAAUGGUUAGUGAUUACUGAUACUCAAGUAGUUAUAUUUUUAGACUUGUGAUAAUUCGUUUUAAAAAUUGCAGUAGUGUCUCACACUGCUUUUGGUAAUGCUCAGAAGUGUUAUAUAUAUAUUAAAAAUAAAGCAGUUCCCUUGUACAACUAAGUACAAAACCCACAAUCAGUAGUUAAUGAAGUAAGCGUAUUCCUGUUUCCAAGGUAGUAUGAUUUAAACAAUGAGAAACAAUACUAAACCUGGAAUUAUGGAGUGUGUACAGCUGCACACUCAUUUUCUGUGUUGUAUGUUUUCUCACCUUUUAAAAAAAAAUCACAUUUGAGUACUUAGACUUCUUAUAUUACUGUGAUUAUUAUUAAUAAGGGAACAAUGAAAAGAAGUCCAAUGUGGUGCUCCGUGCUUGGAGGGCAAGGGAAGGCAGCUGCUUUAUUGCUGUGCCCGGCCUGAUUCUGAGAAGUCUGCUGGCACUUCUGUGUGAUGGAGUGACCUAAUGGAGACCUUGAACCAAGCUGGCCACAAACUCGCCAUCCUUCCGCCUUCCCUCCUUAGUUGAGAUUAUAGGUGUGCUUAGCCAUGCUGGCUUUGUAGUCCUUCGUUAUUAUCUAUACUAUGUAUACAUACACAAAGUUUGAACAUUAUAUAUAUUUAUAGUCCCCAAAUGCCUUCCCACCCUACUAUCUGGUAUUGUUUAAGCAGUUACAAUUAUGAAAGAACAUUCUCUGAUCUUUCUUUUGCCAAUCUCUAAAUCUCAUGUCCCAGCCAGAGGUAGAGAUACUUUGGGGAUUAUCAGGUAUUUUUCUUUUGCCCACUUCUAAAUUUUGUAUGUCAGAGUAAAGAUGGUUUAGAAAUGAUCCAGGUUAGAGGAACUCUUUGUAAGCCUAGUAUUUUAAUGCAUUUUAAAAGUAUAGCAUUUCUUCCAAAAUAUUAGAAGAUCUCAGUAGCAGUUAUAUACAUCUAAUAGUCUGUUAUUGGUAUCAACCCAGUGAAAAAAAGAGAAUUGAUAGGAACACCACAAAGUGUGCAGCAGGGCCAGGGCCCUCACGACCAUUUUCAGCCCAUUUCCUGAUUCUUCUGACCUUUAUUAGCUGUUCAUAUAUUGCUGUUAUUUUCGAGUUGAAGUUUUCUUCUGUUGAUUAGUAUUCCCACACUACUUACUCUCCUGUUGUUUUUCAGUAUCAUCCACAUUAAAUGGUGGAAACUGGCUGAAAUGAUUUGUAUUCUAACAUAGGAGAAGAAAAGCUUCCCAUUCUUUUGGGUGGUUUCCUGACCUUUGUUUUGGUCUUUUUCUCUUUAAAUUCAGGUGUUCUGUUUGCUUUAGAAGGACAUAUGUAAUGACAAGGUUAGUUAUUUCUGAGCUGGAAAUUCAAGAAAUUGUUCUGACAAUGUUUUAACUGCUCUCAAGAAAACGUAUGAAACAGACAAAAAUAACGUGUGCUGUUUUUUCCAAGUGCUUUUCUGUAGUGCAAUGAGGUGACAUUUGAUAAUGCUCUGUGCUGUGCUUAAAUGUUACUUAUUUUUAAUUACUUGUAAAGAAAACAGAUUUAAAUGUCUGUGUGGCCAAAACCAAGUGCCAUUUAAAAGGAAAAGUAAGUCGAUGUAGAAUGUAUGUUACUGGUGCUCAUUUUUAAGGUGUAAUUUAAGUUUACAGUAUUACUUGAUGCCUCUUCACAGAAGGGACUAGAGAAGCAGGGCUAGAACAUCUGUGUCCUGACGCCUCAUGACCUCAGUUCCUCCAUUGUGUCCUCACAGUUGACUUCCGCCGUCAGUGAUGAACCUGUUGUUACUGUUGUUGUUGUUGUUGUUUACCCUGAGACGUCUCAGUAACGUGCCACAUUGCAGCUAGCAGUUGAAGAAUAGACUAUAAGCUGCUCGGACAGUAUAUCAGAAGCAAAUGUUUUUAUUUGUACUAUAAAAACGUGAUUUUUUGCUGUCAACUCUGUACUUUUUUAUUGAAAAUGUUUAUAACAUUGCUUUUAAAAUUUCUUAUGAAACCAUUUGCAAAUUACACACUUAAUUUAAUAAAAUGCUCUAGUCACA